CAGAGAGACCUGACCCUGAGGCAGGUGAGGAGGUCCAGGGAGCAAUGGGUUUCGGCGUAGUGCACCUCCUCGACGCGGUGUUCCGCCGCAUGUUCCGGUCGGCCGGCCUCCGCCCGGGCUCGGCCACGGUGAACGCCGAAGACGACACGGUCAUCCACUACUGGGCCCACCCGUCCCUCCUCCGCCCGCCGCCCUCCGACUCCGACUCCGAGCAGCGGCAGCCGGUGGUGGUGCUGAUCCACGGGUUCGGGCCGGACCCGACGUGGCAGUGGGCGGCGCAGGCGGGCCCGCUGUCGCGCCACUUCCGCCUGGUGGUGCCGACGCUGCUCUUCUUCGGGGCGUCCGGCACGCGCGCGCCCGCGCGGUCCGACGCCUCCCAGGCCGCCGCGCUCGCCGCGCUGCUCGCGGGCCCGGGCCAGCAGCACCUCCCGGGCCUCGGCGCCGGCCGCACCGUGCACGUGGUGGGCACCAGCUACGGCGGCCUCGUGGCGUACCACCUCGCCCGGGAGCUGGAGCGGCAAGGCGGCGGCGUUCGCGUCGGCAAGGUGGUGCUGUGCGACUCGGACGCGUGCAAGGGCGCCGAGGACGACCGCGCGCUGGCGGCCAGGAGCGGCGUGGCGGAGGUGGCGGAGCUGCUGGCGCCCGCCGACACCCGGGCGCUGCGCCGCCUCAUGGCGGUCUGCGCCCACCGCCCCGUCAAGUACGUCCCCGAGUGCCUCCUCCGCGACAUGCUCCGGAGAUACUUCGCGGACAAGAGGGAGGAGAAGAUGGCGCUCAUCAGAGGGAUCGCCACCGGAGAAGGCUUCGAGCUUGCUCCGCUGCCUCAGGAGGUGCUCAUCAUCUGGGGAGAGUUCGACCAGAUCUUCCCGGUGGACAAAGCGCACAAGGUGAAAGAGAAGCUCGGGGAGAAGGCGACGGUGAAGGUGAUCCCCAACGCGGGGCACCUGCCGCAGCAGGAGGACAGCAAGCUCUUCAACCGAGUCCUCCUCGACUUCCUGCUGCGCCCUUCCUCCACCGCCGCCUGACCUCCAACGGCAGCGCCCAAGCCAAACAGCUUAUAGCUCGCUCGGCUGCCGCCUUUUGUUUCCGGCGUUCUUGUUUGUUUGUAGAGUGGAGAGGAGGCGCUGCCGCCUUUUGUUUUUGUUUUUCUCCAUGGCUGGCUUGUUUUGAAAUUCAAGAGGGUGGCAAUGUGCAGAUCCUA